AAACGUACAAAACUCCGAGACCUAGUACUUGGGGCAUCACAUUUCCACAGCCAAUGUUUGUUACUCGCUAUGUAGUUUAUAACAGAGGAACAGUAUGAAUUCCUGCAUAAGGCAGCUCAGGUGGCCAUUGUUUGUAUGGGUACUACAGUGACGUACAAUAACAUAACGUCCAGAAUCUCUGAUCUUGAGGAGCAGCUGGUUACUGGAAGCUGUAAACUUGAAAAAGAGUUUAAAGCUGUCUCAGAAGUCUGUUUAGAUUUAGUGCAAGAAAAAGAUGACAACACACAAGGGGUUGAUUCAAAUGUAUAUCAGAACAACACUUCAUCAAACUCAACAAAGGACAGAUUCUCAUCUAUUAUUCCAAGCAAGGUGUAUCAAGCUGUGUUAUCGAAGGAAUCAAACAACCUUGGUGAUUAUAUAAACGCUGUGUUAGUAUCUGGCUUUACAAAAGGAGAGAACCAGAUACUAACACACCUCCCAAUGCCAAACACAGUCACAGAUUUCUGGAGAUUGGUGGCACAGUACAAUGUUAAACUUGUCAUGGCUUUUCAAACGGAAGAAUCAGUGCAAGAAGAGUCUUAUGGCCAGUACCUGCCAGCCAGUAUAACAACACCUUUAGACUGUGGACCAUAUGAAAUACACAUAGGACCUGUCAAGUCUGAGAGUUUAUGGAAGGAGCAACAGAUCACUGUCAAAGUCGUCAAGAAAACUUCAAGUAUACUAUCAGUAGCUAAUGAAACCCAAGUGACCCACAUCGUGAGUAAAAGCACAGACCUGAAUCCCAAGAAUCUUCUCAAACUUCUUAAACACACAAGGUCAAACAAUGUACAGGCACAGGGGAGAAUACUCUACAUGUGCAGAAACGGAGCUGAGUACAGCGGCCUGGCCUGUGUGUUGAGUCUUCUACUUGACCGAAUGGACCAUGACCAAAGCUUAACAGUUCCACUUGUUGUUGGUGCCAUCAAAUGUAUCAGACCACAGGUCAUCCCAUCUCUGGACCAGUAUCGAUGCCUGUAUCAGGUUCUGAAAAGGUACAACGAAACUACCCAAACCUACAACAACUAUGAUCAGCUCUCUACAACUCGGCAAACUGAAGAAAAUGUAUAUGCCAACAGUUAAGACGUUAUUUUGCAUCAUUUUGCCCAACUAACAUAAUAACUGACUCUUAGAAAGUGUGAUGCCUGCAUUUUUCUAAUUAGGAGCCAUGUUAACUCUUUUAUUUACAGUAGUUUAUUUUUAAAUGUACAUAAUUUUGUUUAAUUUAAUGUCCUUAUACAAGUAAUUAACUUUUCUGUUAUUACAUCAUUUUUUAUAUCACAUGACAAUUAAGAUGAAUAAGAUAUUAACAUAAUCAAGAACCCUGUGGAGACAACAUUUAAAAGCUUCCAGUAAUUCAAUUUAUUAGCUCUUUUAUUUUUUUAUCUAUAAUAAAAUUACUUCAGUUAUUGACACACAAGCAAAAUAAUUAUUUUGAGAUAGCAUUAUCAUAAUCAAUGUUAAAAUAUGGUUGGUUAAUAUGACUUUGUCUUUUAUAAUUAAAUUUUACUUUUUCUGCCGAAAAAUUAAUACCUGUGAGAUAUUUUAUACUAUGUAUACAUUUUUUUACACUAUUUUAAAAUUAAAUCUGUUAAAUAAAUUAAAGCAAUUUUCAAAAGUGAAUAUAUAAUACAAUCCUUUAUAUUUUUUCAUUUCUCUACUGUAAAUAUUUAAUAAUUUAUGACUUAAUUUAAGAUCUAAGAGAUGAAUGUAUGUCUCAAUAUACUAACUUAAAUUUGCAGCUUCUCUCUCUCUCUCCAUUUAUAUAUAUAUAUAUAUAUAUAUAUAUAUAUAUAUAUAUAUAUAUAUAUAUAUAUAUAUAUAUAUAUAUAUAUAUAUAUAUAUAUAUCCAAGUCCUUUGCCCAUGCUGUUUUUAAUAUAAUAUGACUUGUAUCCUCCAUUUCCGUACAUUCAAAUAUUUUUUGCAACUUUAGUAAAUAAACUUAAUUUAACUCUUGCUAAAAAUCUAUUUGAGGUGUUUUAAUUUUUUUAAAACAAAUACAAAAAUUUUUCAAUUGCUGAUGUUUCGGAAAACGUAAUAUCUAUGAAAUUUUAUCUUUUAUGAUAUAUAUCUACUCUAGCUGUCCCAUGAACACCAUUCACCUUUGUAUCCGAAAUGUGUGACUAAAAAUAUUUGCAAUAUUUUUCUACUGCGUUUUUCAUUUCUUUUGCAAUAUAAUAAUAAUAAUAGUUCUAUUGAACUACUUAGUACUAUCAAAAUAUAUUUUUAAAAUUUAACAUGUAGGCCUAUAUUUACAAAUGCUUAAUAAAG